AAAGGAUAUGAUACACAGAUAGAGAGGGAGGAGCUGACUAUAACUAGAUUUUUCCCCCUUUCCUCUCUGCCUGUAUUCCUGACACACGGAGGGAAGAGAAGAAAGAGAGAGAAAGAAUCAGCCAGGGAAAAACCUUUAAACAUCAACAAAGCCAAUAAAAAAAACAUUAAAAACCCAGGAUUUACAAAACUACCAGUUGUUUCCCCCCCAGCAUUCUUUUAGGGGUGAAAGACUUGUUAUUUUGGGGGAGGUUUCAGUGGGAGGAGGAAAGCCUGCACCCCUCUUAUUUUUAUUUUUCUAUUUUGCCAUCCCCUCACUCCUUUUUUUUGCCCCCCCUCCCCAAGUUGUCUGCACCCUGUUCCUGCCACCCCAGGAGAGCUGAAGAAGGGGGAUUGAAAGCUUCUGCCCUGUUCUGCACAGAGUGGCUCUCAUUGUGAAAGGUACUUUUCUCACCUGCUCGCCCCCCCUCUGUCCGAAGAGGGAAUGUUCUACCUUCGGCAGGCGUAAUCUCCAUGUGAACCAUCUACCCCAUGACCCUUGGGCAGCUGGGGGCGGAGCCCACCUUGGUCUCUUCUGAUUGGUUCUGGAUGGAAUUACGUUGAAUGGACCAGAAUCUUAGCGGGCUGGACUGCUUGUCAGAGCCAGAUGAAAAAAGGUGGCCGGAUGGGAAGCGAAAAAGAAAGAACAGUCAAUGCAUGGGGAAAAGCGGCAUGUCAGGUGACAGCUCGGUAUCUCUGCUCUCUGCAGGGUAUAUCCCUAGCUACCUGGACAAAGAUGAGCCGUGCGUGGUGUGCAGCGACAAGGCCACAGGAUACCACUACAGAUGUAUCACCUGCGAGGGUUGCAAGGGCUUCUUUCGUCGCACAAUCCAGAAGAACCUGCAUCCCUCCUACUCCUGCAAAUAUGAUGGAUGUUGCAUCAUUGACAAAAUCACCCGAAAUCAAUGCCAGCUCUGCCGCUUCAAGAAAUGUAUCGCAGUGGGCAUGGCAAUGGAUCUUGUCCUGGAUGAUUCCAAGCGGGUAGCCAAGCGGAAACUGAUCGAGGAGAAUCGGGAACGGCGGCGGAAGGAGGAGAUGAUCAAGACAUUACAGCAGCGUCCCGAGCCGAGCAGCGAGGAGUGGGAAUUAAUACGCAUAGUGACGGAGGCUCACCGAAGCACGAACGCACAGGGCAGCCACUGGAAGCAGAGGAGAAAGUUCCUGCCUGAUGACAUUGGCCAGUCGCCAAUGGCCUCCAUGCCGGAUGGUGAUAAAGUUGACUUGGAGGCGUUCAGCGAGUUCACCAAAAUAAUCACCCCAGCAAUUACUCGAGUGGUGGACUUCGCCAAGAAACUACCCAUGUUCUCAGAGCUGCCCUGUGAAGACCAGAUCAUCCUGUUGAAAGGGUGUUGUAUGGAGAUCAUGUCUCUGCGUGCAGCUGUGCGCUAUGACCCAGACAGCGAGACCCUGACGCUGAGCGGGGAGAUGGCCGUGAAGCGCGAACAGCUGAAGAACGGAGGUCUUGGUGUGGUCUCUGAUGCCAUCUUUGACCUUGGGAGGUCUCUCGCUGCAUUCAACCUCGAUGAUACCGAGGUUGCGCUGCUGCAAGCUGUCCUGCUCAUGUCCUCAGACCGUACGGGUUUGAUCUGCACGGAUAAGAUAGAGAAAUGUCAGGAGACGUACCUCCUCGCCUUUGAACACUACAUUAAUCAUCGCAAACACAACAUUCCUCACUUCUGGCCUAAGCUCCUGAUGAAGGUGACGGACCUCCGCAUGAUUGGGGCCUGUCACGCCAGCCGCUUCCUGCAUAUGAAAGUUGAGUGCCCCACAGAGCUCUUCCCACCACUCUUCCUUGAGGUCUUCGAGGACCAGGAAGUCUGAGGGGUAGUACAUGGUUGUGGAGUGCAAAUGGCCCUGUUCCUACCUGCCCUCCCGGCAGACUCUUAUGACCUGAAGAGAAGCGGACAGGUGCCAUCUUGAUAACUUGGACAACCCAGGAGCGUUCUGGCUGCCAUCAUCGUUCAUCCAUUCAACCCAAGAACAGUUCUUUGAAAUCCAUUUAGUGCAUCAUGGUGAACAAUAAUCAAAGAAUCUUUGGCUGCAUCUUGGUGCACACUGUGGUCCCAUGAAAGUCAAUCACCGUUGUUGUAGUUUCGUGUGACACCAUUUUGCUGCACCCUAAAAGAACCAGGAAAGGAAGCUUCUUUGGUUGACCAUGAAUAACCAGUGGAGGCUGUCUGGGUGGCACUUAAACAACAUUUCAGAUAUGGGAGGGUGAAAAUAAUAAGAGAGGCUCAAAGCCUUCCAGCCCUCCUCAUUUGUGUGUGUAUGAUUUAUAUAUAUAUAUAUAUCAUAUAUAUAUAUAGUUCAUACACAUUUAUAAACUCAAAGACAGUUUUCUACUGAGGCAGCACUUGGUCUUGU